AAUCUGCCAGGGGGCGGAGCCAGGAGAACAAACUCCCCACCAGGAAAAACUGGCUCCAGGCUAAGACACGCCCCCCCUGCCCUGAAACUCACAGCAGCUGCUGAUUGGCUGUCACCUGGCAGGCCAGGUGGAACCGGAUGAUCCUGUUUGUUUUGGAGUGUCUCAGGUCUCCUCCGAGGGAACGGCAGCCGGACAUCAGAACCAUGUUCACCAUCAGAGUUGGUAAAACUCACACAACCAGCAGAUGGAACCUUCUCAGAUGGUUUCUUCAGGCGGCGCUGGUUCUGAUCCUGUUGGUUGUGGUCCUGGUUGUUCUCCUGCAGCUCUACAGCGACCCGUCCAAAGAUUUAACAAGGGACGGGUCUGUCUCCAGUCGGACGUCCUCCACUCAGUCAGACGGAACCUGUUUGAUGAAGAAGAGCUGCCCGUAUGACCACUACAGCUUCUUCCUCCAGAGCGGAGCUGCUAACGUUGUUCCUCCCAAGAUCUGCAUCAACAACAACCUGAUUGUUGGAUCGGUUCUGAACAACGCCGGCGUUGGAAUCAACAUUGUGACUUUAAACGGUAAAACAGGAGAGGUUCUGAACACCGAUCACUUUGACAUGUACGGUGGUGAUGUGGAAACGCUCAUCAAGUUCCUGAAGUCCAUUGAGACGGGUUCUGUAGUUCUGAUGGCAUCCUACGAUGAGCCGGCCACAAAGUUGAACGACGAAGCCAGAAAGCUGAUCGCAGAUCUGGGAAGCUCCGCCAUCCAGACUUUGGGAUUCAGGGACACGUGGGUGUUCGUGGGUGGGAAAGGAACAUCUGUGAAGAGCAGCAUGGAGAAGCAUGUGAAGAACGACCAGGCCUCUAACAAGUACGACCAGUGGCCCGAGCUGGUCCAGCUGGAGGGCUGCAUCCCCAAGUACCUGGACUGACCUGCACCUGUGAACCGGGUCCUGGUCCUGUGGGUUUAGAUGUUUCCCCGCUUUUUUAUGAGCAGGACCUUGAUGAUGUAAUCAGGCCUGCUGAAGCAGGAAAACAUCUGGAACCAGGACCAGAGGCCUCACAGCUGUGUUAGGUGUUGAGUAAUGUUGGGUCUGAACACCUUUAUAAAACUUGUGCAGAGUCCUGACUUAAGUCCUUCUUCAGCUCAGCAGGUGACAUCCACACCUGUCCUGCAGAUGAGCUCAGGUGUUUAUGGAUCACAUCCCUCCUCCUACACACAACUUGUGUCAUAAAUGGACGAUGCUAACUACGGUAUGAAUAUUGUGCAUAGAAAUCAACCUGCUUGUCCACGGCAUGUAACCAUGACAACCAGGAUGGGAGUCCUGGCUCUUGGGCGUGACGUAGGCCUUCGAGUGGCUCCGUGCUGCUGUAGGCUGAGCGACUAAGCUAUGAAACGAUCACAGCCGACGUAACAAAUAAGAAACAAACCAUGAAACGAGGUGGAGAGAUGGGAGCCCAAGAUGACAAUCAUGGAUAAUAUCAAUAAAGGUGGCGCUAGAGGCCGGUUCCUCGUGUCAGCCACAACGUGUUUGUUAGGAUUUCGUUAAAGAUGGUAAGCAAUGGGAGAAAUGUCUUGUUUACAGUAUAAUAACGACAUUUUACAAGCUAACUGUCAGGUAAACAGCCUGUGACGUACACUCACCUAAAGGAUUAUCAGGAACACCACACUAAUAGUGUUUGACCUCCUUUCACCAUCAGAACUGCCUUAAUUCUUGAUUCAACAAGGUGCUGAAAGCAUUCUUUAGAAAUGUUGGCCGGCCCAUAUUGAUAGGAUAGCAUCUUGCAGUUGAUGGAGAUGUGUUGGAUGCACAUCCCGGGCAUGAAGCUCCUGUUCCACCACAUCCCAAAGAUGCUCUAUCUGGUUGAGAUCUGGUGGCCGUGGGGGCCGUUGUAGUACGGUGAACUCAUUUUCAUGUUCAAGAAACCAAUUUGAAAUGAUUGGAGCUUUAUGACAUGGUGCAUUAUCCUGCUGGAAGUAGCCAUCAGAGGAUGGUACAUGGUGGUCAUGAAGGGUUGGACAUGGUCAGAAACAAUGCUCAGGUAGCUUGUGGCAUUUAAACCAUGCCCAGUUGGCACUAAGGGGUCUAAAGUGUGCCAAGAAAACGUCCCCCACACCAUGACACCACCACCACCAGCCUGCACAGUGGUAACAAGGCAUGAUGGAUCCAUGUUCUCAUUCUGUUUACGCCAAAUUCUGACUCUACCAUCUGAAUGUCUCAACAGAAAUCAAGACUCACCAGACCAGGCAACAUUUUUCCAGUCUUCAACUGUCCAGUUUUGGUGAGCUGGUGCAAAUUGUAGCCUCUUUUUGCUAUUUGUAGUGGAGAUGAGUGGUUCCCGGUGGGGCCUUCUGCUGCUGUAGCCCAUCCGCCUCAAGGUUGUGCGUGUUGUGGCUUCACAAAUGCUUUGCCGCGUUCCUCGGUUGUAACGAGUGGCUAUUUCAGUCAAAGUUGCUCCAUCAGCUUGAAUCAGUCGGCCCAUUCUCCUCUGACCUCUACCAUCAACAAGGCAUUUUCGCCCACAGGACUGUGGCAUGUUUUUCCCUUUUCACACCAUUCUUUGUAAACCCUAGAAAUGGUUGUGGGUGAAAAUCCCAGUAACUGAGCAGAUUGUGAAAUACUCAGACCGGCCCGUCUGGCACCAACAACCAUGCCACGCUCAAAAUAGCUUAAAUCACCUUUCUUUCUUAUUCUGACCUUCAGUUUGGAGUUCAGGAGAUUGUCUUGACCAGGACCACACCCCUAAAUGCUCUGAAGCAACUGCCUUGUGAUUGGUUGAUUAGAUAACUGGAUUAAGGAGAAGUUGAACAGGUGUUCCUAAUAAUCCUUUAGGUGAGUGUAGUAGUCGGUCUGCGUAUUUCCCUGAAGUUGCACACGUGACGAGACGCACGGAUAGACGGAACAGUGGCUCCUGUGUUGUGCCAUGCGUUUGUUUCAUAUUUCUGGUUUAAUAAAAAAAAAAUCUAAAUUUGAAA